GUCAAAACGUUUUGCCAAAAAAUUUGCACAUUUUAUGUAUUUUUCAAUAUUUUUGUCGCAUUUAUUGGCAUUUAAUUGAGUGUUGAAUACAAUUGUGAUCACAAUUAAUGGCUAAUAAUAUUGGAUUCAGUUCUGCCCUUAAGAUCACAGAUCUGAACGACUUUAUAACACCCUCUCAGACCAAAAAUAUGUCCGAAACUAACGAUAAGAGCGACAAACAAAAGAUCAGAGAAUCGGCCGAAGAAUCGCUCAAACAAUUGACCGAAGAGUUGGAGAGACUGUCUUCGGGCGAUGCGAUGCCCGGACCCGACGGACAGCCGUUGAGAGACCGCUGGACUGAAGACAAUUGGGAGCAGGAGAUGGCCAAACAUCCCUUCUUCAACACCAAUCCUAACGUUGGGUACGAGUCGUCGCCACUCGUGGACGCGUUGAGAGACUUGAAGUACGACAAAGAGUUCAACUCUAAGGAGGAAUUGGUUAACAGUUAUAGAGAGGACGGGAACGAGAAUUUUCGCCGAAAGAAGUAUCUCUGGGCCGUCGAGUCCUACUCCGAGGCCAUUAAAGUGGACUCAGAAGACAACGCUCUCAUGUCUAUUGUCUAUAAUAACCGGUCGUCGGCUCACUAUUACCUCCAGAACUAUAGGUCUUCAGCGAACGAUGCCAUCAAAGCCUAUGAAUUGGAUUCAAACAAUCAAAAGGCUUUGAUUCGCAUUGUUUUGUGUUAUUUUGAGUUAAAAGAGUACUCAAAGUGUUUAGAGAUUUGUCGAAAUAAUAGUCAUUUAAAACUGGAUCUGUUGUCCGAUUACGAGAAGAAGGCAUCGAUUGAAGUGAAGAUAAAGGAAAGAAAUGAGAGAAAAGAUAAAACAGAAACUCUUAAACGCAAACAAAUUGAAGACAAGAUUCAAAGUGUUGUCAACGAGAGAGGCGUCAAAUUUAUGGGCUCUUUGUUUGAUUCAAUACAUCCGGCGGCCGAUGGAAAGCAUGUGACGCUCGACGAGUCGGGAGGUCUUGUUUGGCCGGUUCUCCUCCUGUAUCCCGAAUACGGAGAGUCGGACUUCAUUGAAAUGUUUGCCGAAAACCACACUUUUAUACAACAUUUGAAUGUUAUGUUUGCAGAGUUUGCCGAUUGGGACACAAAACGCAAAUAUAAACCAAACGAUAUUAUAGCGUGCAUUAAACCAAUCGAGAAGUCCAAAGAGAAGAAGAAUGUGAAGACAACGGUAGAGAUAUCGUUAGGCGAUUGUUUGGCGUGCAGUGGAUGUAUCACAUCCGCCGAAACGGUUCUCAUUGAACAACAAUCACACGAAGAACUUUAUAGAAUUAUUGAUUUCAAUAAAAAAAACCCGAAUAAAAAGCGAACGAUUGUUGUGUCGAUGUCUUUGCAAAGUAUGGCAUCGAUUGCCGCCAAAUAUCGCUUAUCAGUGGAAAGCGCCGCUCAAAAGAUGUCUUCAUUCUUCCAUAGCCUCGGAGUGGACUAUAUAUUUGACACAAGUCUUGCCCAACACUUCUCUCUCAUUGAGUCCCAGAAAGAGUUUAUGGAUCGGUUCGAGAAAAAGCAAUUCCCAGUUCUGUCCUCUGUUUGUCCCGGAUUUGUGUGCUAUGCGGAGAAAACACACGGAGAGCUCGUUGUGCCGCUUCUCAGUCGCGUAAAGUCUGGUCAACAGAUUAUGGGACUUCUUGUCCAACAGUUUCUCAAAGAUAAAAAGCUGACCACAAGUGAUGUCUUUCACAUAACACUUAUGCCCUGUUAUGACAAAAAACUAGAGGCGACCAGAAGUGGGUCUGAAUUCUGCGAUCUCAGCGAUGAUCACAAGAAGGAAGUGGACAUAGUUUUGACUCCCAUUGAACUCGAAGUGAUGCUCAAUAAGGAGAGUGUCGUUCUCUCCGAACUAAGCGAUCGUCCCUUGGAUUCAAUCACCGAAGACUCUAAUGAUCCGCACAUUACUUCUCAUUUGGGUUCUGGUUCUGGAGGUUAUGUUGAGAACGUAUUCCGAUUUAUGGCCGCAAAGUAUUUCGACAGUUAUUACAAAGCGGGCCAACAAUUGGAGUAUAAAGUGUUGCGGAAUAAAGAUUUCAUUGAUUUAACUCUUGAGGACGAGUCCGGAAAUAAGUUACUUUCGUUCGCAAUAAUCAACGGCUUUAGAAAUAUACAGACAUUAGUCCAGCGAAUCAAACGCAAGACCUGUCACUACCAAUACGUCGAAGUGAUGGCCUGUCCUUCUGGUUGUCUCAACGGUGGCGCACAAGUGAGGCCCGAAUCGGUGGACGAACCGCUCUUAGAACGUGUCGAAGAGUUAUACAAAUCGAUUCCAAUCACAUCCCUUCCGGUCGACUCUCAACACAAACUUGUCAUUGAUUUAUACGACAAACACUUUCCGAACGAAGACAACGCCAAACUUUACGCCGUUUUCAAAGCUGUUCCCAAAACUAAGAACUUAAUUAAUGUCAACUGGUAAUCAGUUUUGCCAUUUUGAUUUGAAUUUUAUUUUGGAAAUACAUAUUUUUAUGUUAUAUGUAUAAUUAAAACCUAUUACUAUGUUAUAAAUGCUAUAAAACUA